AUGUCGAGAACAACUCCUUCCGCCCUGUUCACCCGUCGAACGCUGAGAAGCCUCUGUCGGAACCCUACGAUCGACUUCUUCUAUUCCAAAUCCCCGCCAUCGAGACCCUUCACGCACAAGCCUUCUCUUUUACUCGUCGCCCGACCGUUCUCACGCCCGCAACUACCAUUCCUCCAUCCCAUCUCCCGCACGAAUAUAGCACAGACCCAACUCGGCCGAUUCAUUUCGACGGAGCGAAAACAGCGGUGGAAAGCUCAACUAUGGAGCCAACUCCGGUUUCACGCCUACCUGUGGCCAUCGGUGCUACUAGCCGCCAUUCUCUUGCUUGGAGUCCAACAUACGAAACUGGAGAGGGACUACCCUACGCCUCGGGAAUGGACGUUCUGGAGUCGUUGGAUACUGCGGGAUGCGAAAUACACCGAGUUCGGCGAGCAUUUGUUGACGGAUUGGGAGAAGGCGGGCUACUUAUACACGGAAGUCAUCAGACGGCUUGAAAGCGAGAAAUAUGACGGGCAGAACUUGAUCGAGGGUGAAGCGAGCAUUCGAGGCUCGUUCGCGAAUGCCGGGUUCGACAUCAGCGCGAAGAGCGAGCCGUGGCGGCGCGGGUACUAUGAAGCUUUGAUGGGCGCUGGUCGUGCGGCGGAACAUCUGGAUGGGAUGUGUAAGAGGAAAGGCCAGGUCAGGGGACGAGUGUAUCCGCGUGAAAGUAUUCCAGGCCCGGACAACCCACGACCGAAACCGCUUCCGUUUGACAAAAACAGAGGACAUGAAAAUGUGCCCACGGCGGACGAAGUCGAGGAUGCUUUCCCGCCGCCCGAGAAAUUCUAUCUCAAGGUUCUCACCACGAACGGCUUCGAUACCCGGCAGCGACUUGAAGCUGCAAUGGCAUAUGCCGACUGGUGCGACUUCAAGGGUCUGACCGAGACCGCGGAAGAGACGUAUCGCUGGGCCGUCGAUAUCGCCCAGGCAGGAGUGCCUGGUAGUGCAGCAGAUGUUGUCGAUAUGAAGACUGGGGUCAUCCACAAAGACAAAGAGGAUGUCGUGACGGAGAACAUCCUUAAAGUGUGUACCGCGCUGGGCGUGCACCAUGCCAAAACGGGAGACGUCAAGCAGGCUCUCCCGAUAUUCCUGAGUGUGCUACGGGCCAGGAAGAGUCUGCCUCCUCCACCCUCAUCAGGGCCACUGGACCCAACGGUGAGCGGCAGCACGAACACCCCCAAAGGUCAGGAACAGAAAGAUCAAGGAAUCUGGCCAUACGUGCAUGCCUUGAAAGACCUGAUCAUCGAACGACCCUACCCUCCGGCCCCCUCGAGCGGCAACGAACGACCGUUUCACACUCUGAAGGAGGCAUGCGAAGAGGUCGGCUUAAUGACCUAUAUCGGCGAGAUCCUCUUCGCCACCAGCGACAGCGAGCGGGAAAAGGGGCUCAGCUGGACCCGCGACAGCGUCGAAGCCGCCGAGGCCGUCAUGUGGGUCAUGGACGAACGCAAGGAAGACGACGGCAAGGAACGGUGUCGCGAGUGUCUCGAGACCGGCCUGCAGAACUGGAAGGCCAUGGCUCGUCAGAUGAGUCGACUCGCUGCCCAGAAGGAACACGAGCUUGCAGAUGCCUCUGGCGGGUCUGGAAGCGGAAGCGGACUGUUGGGGUCGUUGGGUUUCGGAUGGGGACUAGGGCUAGGCAAGGCGAAACAAUUGGAACAGCUGCGUCAGGAGAAACAGAGGUGGGAGGAGGAGAACAUGCAGAUCGAGUUGCGCAAGGAGAAGACUUUGCCUCUGACGCAGCCCCUCAAGCCGGUGUCGAGAGGCUGGAUGGCCACUUCUUGGUGA